GUUUAAGAGCAGGGGAACUCCAAGGAUCACACUGCAAUUUGAACUUGUGCCUCCCCUGCCCCGCCUGCUCGGUCGUCUUGUCCACUUGCCCGGAACGAUUUCCGAAGUUUUCUGAAACUCCGGAUCGGCGAAAGAGACGGAAAGUUCAACACCCGACCCGUUUUUCCGAACCCGAAUUCGGUUUGUUUCUCAUGGCUUCUGAUGCUCCUCGAGGUCGGAUUGACCAGAAGAAGAGGAAAUUUGAAUCUCCUGUUUUGAAAUCUCCAAGAGCCAAUAAAGAUGCUAGGAUUUCGAAUGAAGGGUCUCCGGGCACCAAAGGAUCUCUAGAGAGUUAUUUAGUCAAAUCUCAGGAGGAUAGGGAGUCUGGGGAAUCACCUGUUAAGCGAAAGUUGACAUUAGAGCCUGGUCGGGUAUCCAAAGAUGAAGAUAAAGUGGCAGGUUCGUCAAAACAAUUGCACUCUCAAGGUUCUAAAACUACCAGUGAGGGUUUUAUGGCUAGAGAGCUUCCUAAAGAUUCUUUGGAGUCGAUGGCAGCUGCAAAGAAUUUGCAAUUUCAACAAUUUGCUAGUGAGUUCCUUUCGAUAUACUGCAGUGGGAAACCAAACAGUGAAAGUUCACAAUUACAGCAAAAUGUGCAUGCUUAUAAAGCACAUGCUAGCCAAUCUACUUGUGAUAUGGAUAUUAUGACAUCAAAUAAAAUGCCCUGUACUGCUGAUGUUAGCUAUUCUUCUGUUGAGGAUAACGCGAUUGCCUCUCAUAGCAAUUAUCUUCAAGCUUCCCAUAAAGGUGUGCCUUCUAAGUCUGCACAUGCAAUUCCACAUUCCAGUGAGGUGAACUUGGAUAGACUUGGUGAACCUCAAAUGAGCUUGAGAAGAUGCAAUAAGGUUCAAUUUUCCAGAGCAACUGAAUCUCUAACACCUGGUUUGUCCACUACGAAACACGUGGAAGGCCGCAGUCCACCGUCAGCACAGGGGACCUCGAUCUUUUCCCCUGGAGAAAAUUUCUGGAACGAAGCAAUUGAAAUUGCUGAUGGGUUGUUUGCCAGAAAUGAGAAAGGUACACACCGAGUUGUUGAAGAAAAUGAAACUAUGAAUACCCAACAUGAGGUACUUAGUCCCAACAAUCUGCCAUCCGGAGGAUGCGGCAUUAAAUCAAACACAGUCAAUGAAAGAGUUGUAGACAGAGUUUCUGGCGUGGGAAUUAUUUCUGCUGCUGUGCCAACAAAGAAGAUUGGGAAAGAAUUGGAUAAAGAAGUCUCUCCGUUGCCUGUAAAGCAUCUUGACUUUGCUUUGGAGGGCAACAAAAUGGUCCAAACUAAUAAUUGCCAUAUUCUUAGUGGGCAUCGGAUUGGCCAUGUUUCACCAACCAAUCAACACAUUCUCAGCUCCUGCAAUAAUGAUAAAGCAAAUGAACCGUUGACUGUAGAAAUUGCAGGGGCCUCCAAGUAUGCUGUUUCAAAAGCUAGCGUGGAGGUUUUUGUGCAAGGUAAUGGUAGCCCAACUUUUAAUACACCAACCGAGAGAUCUGGUAAUAUGAGAGCCCAUUCUAAAUCAAGUGAGGACACCACUCCUUCAAGUUUUUCUCUGCAAAAGGAUCGUUUAGACCUCAGCAAUUGGCUUCCACCUGAAAUAUGCAGCAUUUACAAGAAGAAGGGUAUAUCAAAAUUAUAUCCAUGGCAGGUUGAUUGCUUGAAUGUGGAUGGUGUUUUGGAAAAUAAGAAUCUGGUUUAUUGUGCUUCUACAAGUGCUGGAAAAAGUUUUGUUGCUGAGAUUUUAAUGUUACGGAGAAUCUUAUCAAGAGGGAAAAUGGCAAUCCUUGUACUGCCAUAUGUAUCCAUUUGUGCAGAAAAGGCAGAUCACCUAGAUGUUCUUUUAGAACCACUUGGGAAACAUGUACGCAGUUAUUACGGAAAUCAAGGUGGCGGAACCCUUCCAAAAGACACCUCUGUUGCUGUUUGUACAAUAGAAAAAGCCAACUCCUUGAUUAAUAGACUUCUAGAAGAGGGUCGUCUUUCAGAGCUUGGUAUUAUUGUGAUUGAUGAACUGCAUAUGGUCGGUGAUCGGAACAGAGGCUAUUUACUGGAGCUAUUGCUGACAAAGCUUCGCUAUGCAGCCGGUGAAGGCAACACAGAAUCGUCCAGUGGAGAAAGUUCAGGCAUGAGCAGUGGGAAAACUGACACUUCUCAAGGUCUUCAAAUUGUUGGAAUGAGUGCAACUUUGCCAAAUGUGGCUGCUGUUGCUAACUGGCUUGAUGCAGCUUUAUACCAAACGGAUUUCAGGCCUGUUCCGUUAGAGGAGUACAUCAAAAUAGGUAACACAAUUUAUAACAGAAAGAUGGAAAUAGUAAGGACAUUGCCAAAAGCUGCAGAGCUUGGUGGCAAGGAUCCAGAUCAUAUUGUGGAGCUUUGCAAUGAGAUUGUUCAAGAGGGUCAUUCCGUGCUAAUUUUUUGCUCGAGCCGGAAAGGAUGUGAAUCAACUGCUAGGCAUGUUGCGAAGUACUUAAAGAAGUUCUCAAUCCAAGAGUCCGAGUUUGAUAUUGAUUUUGCAAUUGAUGCACUGCAAAGAACUCCUGCAGGCUUGGAUCCUAUACUUGAAGAGACGCUUCCGGCUGGCGUUGCAUACCACCAUGCUGGACUUAUGCUUGAGGAAAGAGAAACUGUUGAAAGCUGUUAUCGCAAAGGACUUGUACGAGUCUUAACUGCGACAUCAACUCUUGCUGCUGGAGUUAACCUCCCUGCCCGAAGAGUUAUUUUCAGACAACCCCGUAUUGGGUGUGACUUUAUAGAUGGUACAAGGUACAUGCAGAUGGCUGGUCGUGCUGGCCGGACUGGGAUUGAUACAAAAGGAGAGAGUGUGCUGAUUUGCAAACCAGAGGAAACAAAAAGAAUUUUGAGACUUUUAAAUGACAGCUGCCCACCACUGUAUUCUUGCCUGUCGGAUGAUAAGAAUGGAAUGAUUCAUGCAAUAUUAGAGGUCGUUGCUGGUGGGAUUGUUCAGACUGCUAACGAUAUUCACAGAUAUGUUAGGUGUACUCUUCUUAAUUCAACAAGACCAUUUGAAGAUGUGGUAAAGUCAGCACAGGAUUCUCUAAGAUGGUUAUGCCACAGGAAAUUCCUUGAAUGGAGUGAUGACACAAAAUUGUACACUACCACACCUCUUGGUCGAGCAUCUUUUGGCAGCUGCCUCUCUCCUGAAGAAUCACUUGUUGUAUUAGAUGAUCUGUUGAGGGCUAGAGAAGGUUUUGUACUAGCAUCUGAUCUGCAUUUGGUUUACUUAGUCACACCCAUUAAUGUUGAGGUUGAGCCAGAUUGGGAUUUGUAUUAUACAAGGUUCAUGGAAUUGCCUACUUUAGAUCAGUCUGUUGGCAAUCGGGUUGGGGUUCAUGAACCCUUUUUGAUGCGCAUGGCACAUGGAGCUGUUCCAGGUCGCAGCUUCAAUAAAUCUAGGGAGGCUACUAAGGGGUUUCAGGUAAAGCCUGACUGCAGAAUUGGGAUUUCAAACAAUGGUAUGCUUUCAGAUGAACAAGUGCUGCGAGUGUCUAGAAGAUUCUUUGUGGCUCUAAUACUAACAAGACUCGUACAGGAAGUUCCUGUUCCAGAGGUAUGCAAUGCUUUCAAAGUGACAAGGGGCAUGGUUCAAGGACUACAAGAAAACGGAGGGAGGUUUGCAUCCAUGGUGGCUGUCUUUUGCGAAAGACUAGGUUGGCAGGACCUUGAAGGCCUAGUAUCCAAAUUCCAAAACCGUGUUUCAUUUGGAGUCAGGGCAGAGAUUGUGGAGCUCACUAACAUACCUUACGUUAAGGGUUCCCGGGCCCGGGCCCUUUACAAAUCUGGUUUGCGGACUCCUCAAGCUAUUGCAGAAGCAUCGCUUCCUGAAAUUGUAAAAGCACUUUUUGAAUCUUCAUCAUGGUCUGAACAAGGAUUUGUACAGCGGAGGAUGCAAUUGGGAGUUGCCAAAAAGAUUAAAAAUGGUGCCCGCAAGAUUGUUCUUGAGAAAGCUGAAGAGGCAAGAAUUGCUGCAUUCUCAGCCUUCAAAUCACUUGGACUUGAUGUCCCACCUCUCCUCUCAGCUGCUGCAACAAAUGCUGAUCGAAAAGAGUCGAGCACCUCAUCUGGAGAAAAGUCAACUAGCAAUUUUGUUCCUGCAAGGCAGAUAAACCGUGCUAUUUCAACAUCAGAAACAGGAGAAGAUAAAUCAGAAGAGAGAUUUUCUAUACGAUGUGAUGCUGUGGCUGAUGAGCCCGUUUUAGUUGCAGAAGGGUAUAGAAUUCUCAGUUCCGAAAUUAAAACAACCACUAUUCCUCUUGAGAUAAAAAAGAAUGAAAGAAAAUCCUACAACGAGGAUGUUGGUCAUGCUGCGCAGAAGCUGCAAGACAAAAAUGGAACAAGUAAAACAAAUGACAAUAAUACUCCAAAGAAGGGUCCAAUUAAUGCAGUUAGCAGUGCUGGGGGAUUUGAUAAUUUUUUGGAUCUCUGGGACACUGCUGGAGAUUUUUACUUUGAUAUCCACUUUACCAAAAGAUCUGAACUGAAUGCUAUUCUGCCUUUUGAAAUUCAUGGCAUAGCAAUCUGUUGGCAAAACUCUCCUGUGUAUUAUGUUAGUUUUCCCAAAGAUUUGUUCCGGUCAAACAUCAGAAGGGAACUUCUGCUGCCCAUUGCUUCUGGGGAUAAUGAUGCUCCAUCACCAAAGAAUCAGUGUGAAAUGGCAUUGCAACGAUGGGAUAGAAUAAGAACUAUAAUGGGUAAAAAGAAUGUAAAGAAGUUCACUUGGAACUUAAAAAAGCAGAUUCAGGUGCUUAAGUACCCUGCUGUUUCCAUUCUAAGAUUUGGUUCCGUAAAUGCUGCUGCCAAAGCUGCGGACUUGAAUCUAAUAGAAGGUUCUUACUAUGUUUUGUCACCCGUUCAUUUGCAAGAAGCAGUUGAUCUUUGCAUUGUUGCAUGGACACUUUGGCCUGAUGAGGUGAAGGGUUCUAGUCCUAGUCUGGAAAAGGAGGUGAAGAAGAGGUUAUCGAGUGAGGCAGCUGCAGCUGCUAAUCAGAAUGGUAGAUGGAAGAACCAGAUGCGAAGUGCUGCUCAUAAUGGCUGUUGCCGCCGAGUUGCACAAACACGUGCUUUGUGUUCGAUUCUGUGGAAACUAUUAAUAUCUGAAGGUCUUCUUAAGGCUCUCACAGAUGUGGAGAUGCCAUUGGUUGAUGUUCUUUCUGAUAUGGAGUUAUGGGGAAUUGGUGUUGACAUGGAAGGAUGCUUACAAGGUCGUGAAAUUCUGAGAAGGAAGCUAAAAAGUUUGGAGAGGGAAGCUUAUACAUUGGCUGGCAUGACCUUUUCAUUAAGCACAGCUGCUGAUAUUGCAAAUGUACUUUAUAACCACUUAAAGCUUUCUAUUCCAAAGAGAGAUGGAAAAGGGAAACAACACCCCAGCACUGAUAAACAUUGUUUGGAUUUGCUAAGGAAUGAGCAUCCCAUUAUUCCAGUCAUCAAAGAGCACAGGACACUGGCAAAACUCUUGAAUUGUACAUUAGGUUCAAUUAGUUCACUUGCUAGGCUAUCUAUGAGGACUCAGAGGUACACAUUGCAUGGUCAUUGGCUUCAGACGUCAACAGGUACAGGACGACUUUCGAUGGAGGAACCAAAUCUUCAGUGUGUUGAGCAUAUGGUUGACUUCAAAAUGAAUCACGCUGAUAAAACUAAUGGUGAGUCAGAUGCUGAUCAUUACAAGAUCAAUGCGCAUGACUUCUUUUUGCCUACUCAGGAGAACUGGGUAUUUCUAACAGCAGACUACUCUCAGAUAGAACUGAGACUCAUGGCUCAUUUCUCUAAAGAUUCUUCUUUGAUUGAGCUCCUAAGUAAUCCCCAUGGUGAUGCUUUCACCAUGAUUGCAGCGAGGUGGACAGGGAAAUUGGAGUCUAGCGUUAGCUCGAAAGAGCGAGACCAAACAAAGCGGUUGAUUUAUGGCAUUCUGUAUGGAAUGGGAGCCAAAUCUCUUGCAGAACAACUGGACUGCAGUAUAGAUGAAGCUUCUGAAAAAAUUCAAAGCUUUAAAGGCUCUUUUCCCGGUGUUGCCUCCUGGCUACAAGAAGCAGUUUCUUUCUGUCGUGAGAAGGGUUAUGUAGAGACCCUUAAUGGCCGAAAGCGUUUCUUGUCAAAGAUCAAAUGCGGGGACAGUAAGGAAAAAUCUAAAGCUCAGCGGCAGGCUGUGAAUUCGAUUUGUCAGGGAUCUGCUGCUGACAUUAUUAAAAUUGCAAUGAUACGUCUUCACUCUGCAAUCGUCUAUGACAUUGGCAUGCUUAAAGGGAGAUGUCAAAUCGUCCUACAGGUUCAUGAUGAAUUGGUCCUUGAAGUUGAUCCUUCUGUUAUCAAGGAAGCUGGAGUGCUGCUACGUACAAGCAUGGAAAAUGCAGCCUCACUCCUUGUACCCCUUCGCGUCAAGCUAAUGGUUGGAAGAACAUGGGGAUCAUUGGAACCUUUCCACAUCGAAGGUUCCAGUGACGAUGCUACUGUACCUACUCAAUAGGGCUUCAAUGAUCUGCAUUCGAUUGCCUGGUGGGGAACACACGUACUAGCAAUUCAUGGCUAAAGGCCGAAUAAUAUGUUAUUCGACAAUGGCACUCAGCCAAGCUUCCUGUACUUAAAGGGCCUCCAUGACUUUGAAGAAUUCGAAGUUCCCAUCGUUUCAACCGCGAUUAUAGAGCUGGGCAAAUUCACUUCAUUUGCCUCAGAAGGGCUUAUUUUAGGCCAUGGAACAUGGCAUAACAACUUCCCCAACAGCUUAAAUUAUUGAUGGCUUCUGAGCUCAUAACAGGCUGGAAUGGAUUCAGGUGAACUUGUAACGUCGUGGUAAAGCGACUUUUCUUGAUCCCGGUUCUAAUGCAAUCUGUGUUUACAAGACGCUUUGGGCAUUUGGGCCCCGGGCGAUGAAACUGAUUCAUGAGAGAUGGCUUGGGUUGCUGUUGCUGAUUUAUAUACUGACCAAAAGGAUUAUAUGACUUGGUAGUUGGUAUACAGACCAUAGAUAUCUGAAUAUUGUACAAUCAUUUUUCAACGGCGAGUUAUAAUAAAUACUCCUUCCGUCC